UCGGAUAUUCUCCACACGGUUAUAUUGAUAUCAACUAAGCUAAUUUUGUAGCUGAGAUUCCUAAAACACAGUUACAUGCAAAGCCGGAAAUGGCAUAUACAAUCUCCCAACAUUGUAAUUUCCAAUGAUUUAUGUGUGAAUUAUUAAUACCUCCCUAGUUCAUUAUUCAUAUUGUCUCAUACACUAAAGAGCCGCACCAAUUACCUAUAAAAUUAUUCCAUCAUAUUGUUUUCAAAUAAACAUGGAAUUUGCACUCAUAUCAACCAUCAUUCUCAUCUCAAUUUUCCCUCAAACAUCUAUUUCUUAUCACCUUGAAACUACUUUCCUUCAAUGUUUUUCAUCCUAUUCAAACUCAACUACAAAAGUAGUACUCACACAGAACAGUUCAUCGUAUGCAUCUCUCUUACAAUCCUCCAUAAGAAACCAUAGAUUUUCAGAUACUUCUGUUCCAAAACCAAACCUUAUUGUUACACCAAAUAACCUAUUCCAAAUCCAAACAACAAUACUUUGUUCGAAAAAACAUGGACUGCAAAUAAGAGUUAGAAGUGGUGGACAUGACUAUGAAGGUCUUUCUUAUAUCUCUAACCUUCCAUUUCUAAUCAUUGAUCUCACAUACCUUAGAUCAAUAACUAUUGACAUCAAAGAAGAAAGUGCAUGGAUUCAAUCAGGUGCUACACUUGGAGAACUCUACUAUGCAAUAGCAAAUCAAAGUAAAGUUCAUGGUUUUCCAGCUGGAAGCUGUCCUACUAUUGGUGUAGGAGGUCACUUCAGUGGAGGUGGAUUCGGUACAUUGUUUCGAAAAUACGGUCUUUCAGCCGAUAACGUAAUCGAUGCUCAAAUAGUAGAUGUUAAUGGAAAGAUACUUGAUAGAAAGUUAAUGGGUGAGAAUCUAUUUUGGGCUAUUAGAGGAGGUGGAGGUUCAAGCUUUGGAGUGAUCACUGCAUGGAAAAUCAACCUUGUGCAUGUUCCUUCAACAGUAACAAUUUUCAGUAUUCCAAAAAGUUUGGAUCAAAAUGCUACAACCCUUUUCAUGAAAUGGCAAAGUAUAGCUGAAAAGCUUCCUAAUGAACUUUUUCUUCACUCAGUUAUAGGAGUUGGUGCUAGUUCAUCUUCUGAUGGUGGAAAAACAGUACUUGUUUCUUUCACAGGACUAUAUCUUGGAAAAGCUGAAAAUUUGCUUCCUUUGAUGGAGAAUAGCUUUUCAGAAUUAGGUUUGAAAAAUGAUAACUUCACUGAGAUGAGUUGGAUUCAAUCCGUUCUUUAUUUUGGAGGCUACUCCAUCAAUGAUUCAUUGGAAGUGUUACUUCAAAGAAACCAAACAUCACCAAGUUUCAAAGCAAAAUCAGACUUUGUGAAAGAACCAAUUGAUAUUUCAGGUUUGGAAGGAUUAUGGAACAUGUUACUUGAAGAAAAAGCACCAACUUUGAUUAUGACACCAUAUGGAGGGAGAAUGAGUGAGAUUUCAGAAUCAGAAACUCCAUUUCCACAUAGAAAUGGGAAUAUUUAUGAUAUUCAAUAUUUGGUGAGUUGGGAUUCAAAUGAAGAAACAUCAAAGCAUAUAGAUUGGAUGAGAAGGUUAUAUGCAUACAUGACACCAUAUGUUACAAAGAGUCCAAGAGCUGCAUAUUUGAAUUAUAGGGACCUUGACAUAGGAAUGAAUAUAGGUAAUGCAAGUUAUGUAGAAGCAAAAUCUUGGGGCAUGAAAUAUUUCAAGUCUAAUUUUGAAAGAUUGGCACAAGUAAAAGAUGAAGUUGAUCCUAGCAAUUUCUUUAGGCAUGAGCAGAGUAUUCCACCUUUUUCUUAUUGAUGUAUUUACCUACUUUACUUUUUUCUUUUUACACAAGUAACUAAAUUACCAAGUUGGUUAUGUUGUAGGGCCUAGUUAGUGAUUGUAAGUACAACUGGUAUGUAUAAAUAAUCACUUUGUGAAGUGCAAUUGCAUACAAAGUUAAUUCCGUUUUUUUCUCUUUCUCUUCUUUGUGUGCCUGUAAAUAUAGCUGUAACAAGUGGUAUCUAGAAUCUUAAGCUCAUGAGUAUUUAAGUGU